AGAGUGACUGGAGAGUGGAGAAAGGGAGGGAGACGAGAGGCGAGGGAGAAAAAGAGAGAUUUUGGAUUUCAACGGACCCCCGAACGACUGCGUGAUGUAGAAAGGGCUGCUCCUUUGCUCAGUGCGCACCGAUGACGAUAAUGUGAAGAAGGCAAAAUAACGAAGGAGCUUACAUGCAAUCAGAGGGAUACAAUAACAACUGUGGUUUACAAUGUUAUCCUUGACUGAGAAAUGUAAAGACGAAGCACUGACAGAGAGGAGUUGACACACUUUCCCAAACCUCGAAAAUAUGACUUUCUACAGGUAACCGUAAUCGCUGGAAACCUUGAAAAGUGAUUCACCUCGGGAGGGGGGAGGGGGUCAAGCAGCUUGAAUGACGUCUCAGGGAAAGCGGGUGAAAACUAAUCGUGCAUGGUGAGUCCAUCUGUGAGUCAUUCAUUUGUCUUACUUGUAUACUAUAUGAUUUUGGGGGGGGCGGAGGAGAAGGAAAUAAAGAAGUAGAGAUUGUUAGCAUUUUCGUCCAGUUCGAAGAGUCUGAAUGCCCACCAACGGUAGGCGUUUCAUUUGGGGAGAUAUUUUGUGAUGAUAUGGACUCCGGGUCGACCGACACGCAGCAGGCAGAUCGUAGCGGACACGCCAGAUCCGUCACUGCGCUCAUGUGAAGUUUGGCUCUGCGAAAAGGAUGUCACCCAGUUCUGCUGGAUCUAAUAUCAAAGAGCAUUUUUAAAGGCUGUUUGAUCUGUUCGGUAUUUUAAUUCUGUGAAAGAUAUAUUAGGAUUUUUCUCAGUUUUGAUCGGAUCCCUUUUUCUUUUACUGUGAACCUACUCAUCUAGGUGUUGCUUUGAGUGAUAGCCUACUGUCAUGCAUAUUUUUUGGCGUAAACUAUUUUAUUAAUGUUUUCUCAGACAAAUGGAUGUCAAUUACCUCUUUUCACUGAGCGAUUUGUAUCCCUGUCAGUUUCUUUUCUAUUCAACAAGCUAAGCGAGCACUGGUAAUCAAGCGAUGGACGCAGUUUGCCUGAGUAGGAACCGAAUGCGUCUCGAUUUUUUUAAUGCAGCUUGUUGAAUCUCCUCCUAGGUAAUAGGAAUGGGCUCGUAUUGACAAACUUUACAGCCAUUUGGGUGGUAACAGGCCGUUUACAGCUUCCCUUUCCCUAAAACUAACUCAGCUAUCAGAGCAUCAUGGCUCGUUACGGUUUCGGACUGAAACAGAACCCUCGCUUUCUAUGGAUAGUGUUUUGUUUGAUGAGAACGUUGUUGGAUUUCGCGCGGUCGCAAGAAGUUUACGCACCCCAUUCUAUCAGGAUUGAGGGACAUUUGACCCUGGGUGGUCUCUUCCCCGUGCACACCAGAGGGACCGACGGCGUGCCUUGUGGAGAUAUCAAAAAGGAGAACGGGAUCCAUCGGCUUGAGGCCAUGCUGUAUGCUCUGGAUCAAAUCAACCUCGACGAUCAACUUUUACCCAACAUCACCUUAGGCGCCCGGGUGCUAGAUACUUGUUCGAGAGAUACAUAUGCGCUGGAACAAUCAUUAACUUUCGUUCAGGCUUUGAUACAGAAGGACACUUCGGAUGUGAGGUGCACCAAUGGAGAACCGCCGUUGUUCGUCAAGCCCGAGAAAGUGGUUGGAGUCAUUGGCGCCUCGGCAAGUUCUGUAUCGAUUAUGGUCGCCAAUAUUUUGCGCCUCUUUCAGAUCCCUCAGAUCAGCUAUGCCUCCACGGCCCCAGAGCUGAGUGAUGACCGGCGCUAUGACUUCUUCUCUCGGGUGGUUCCCCCGGACUCAUUUCAGGCCCAGGCAAUGGUGGACAUCAUCAGAGCCCUGGACUGGACCUACGUCUCCACCGUUGCCUCUGAGGGCAGCUAUGGAGAGAAGGGUGUGGAGGCCUUCCAACAGAUCUCCAAAGAGGCUGGUGGGAUCUGCAUCGCUCAGUCUUUGAAAAUUCCCCACAACCCCAAGCUGGAGGAUUAUGACGAAGCCAUCCAACAACUGCUGGAAACGCCCCACUCCCGGGGAGUCAUCAUCUUUGCCAGUGAAGAAGACAUACGGGGACUUCUCAAUGCCACCAAGAGAGCCAAUCAGGUGGGCCAUUUCCUGUGGAUUGGGUCGGACAGUUGGGGGGCGAAGAGCAGCCCAAUACACCAGUUGGAGGACGUGGCAGUGGGAGCAGUCACUAUACUGCCCAAACGCUCAUCUAUUAAAGGGUUUGAUGAAUACUUCACCUCGCUCACCCUGGAGAAUAAUCGCCGGAACGUGUGGUUCGCCGAGUUCUGGGAGGAGAACUUUGACUGCAGGCUCCUUAGUUCCUCCAAAAGAGAGGACACCAGCAGGAAAUGCACAGGCCAGGAGCGGAUCGGAAUAGACUCAAAGUACGAGCAGGAGGGGAAGGUGCAGUUUGUGAUAGACGCGGUGUACGCAAUGGCUCACGCCCUCCACAACAUGCAGAGAGACCUGUGUCCUGAGCACUCUGGCAUCUGCCCUGUGAUGGAGGCAGCCGAGGGGAAGACUCUGCUCAAGUACAUACGCAACGCCAGCUUCAACGGUAGUGCAGGCACGUCGGUUAUGUUUAAUAAAAACGGCGAUGCCCCGGGACGCUACGACCUGUUCCAGUUUCAGAUGACCAACUCCAGUGUUCCUGAAUACAGGCCCAUCGGACAGUGGGUGGAGACUCUCCAACUCAGGUUCACCAUGUACACCACCUGUAUAGUCUGGCUGGCCUUCAUCCCCAUCUUCUUUGGCACAGCCCAGUCUGCAGAGAAGCUGUACAUCCAGACAACCACCCUCACCAUCUCUAUGAACCUCAGUGCAUCUGUAGCUCUCGGGAUGCUCUACAUGCCCAAGGUCUACGUCAUCAUCUUCCACCCGGAGCUCAAUGUCCAGAAGAGGAAGAGGAGCUUCAAGGCCAUGGUCACCGCCGCCACCAUGUCCUCCCGCAUCUCUGUGAAGCCCAGCGAGAGGCCCAAUGGAGAGGCCAAGACCGAGUUGUGUGAAAACCCACCCAUCGCACCCACCGACCCCAUGAGUCAAGCUACGAAGAAAACAUAUGUGAGUUACAACAACCUCAGGAUCUAAUGGCCUCCCAGGGAAUGCCCCGUGUCCUUACUCUGGGAUGAUGACCAUAACUGGGGAGCACAGGAAGAGAAGACGGGCAGGGGCAGGGGCAGGGGCAGGGGCAGGGACAGGGACAGGCUGCCUAGAUAGUACUAUGGUUUCCAGGACUGUGGAUGGUGUCAACCUUUAUAAUUGUUGUCUUCUGAAGAGGAAGAUUAAGGGGGAAAGGAAAAAUGGAGGGAUGGAGAUAUUUGAUAUGAGCAGUGAAUGAUGAAGAGAUAGCUAGCUGUAGGAUCGCAACUGGGCCCUGAUCCAUGCUGUUCUGUUCUGAUCUGUUCUAGAACCAGACUGUGGGUUCUUAGAACCUCUGUAGUGUGUUCCCUUAUCUCUGAAACAGUCAGUGAUGUGAACAACCUCUGUGAUACAGGAGUCAGUCUAAGUCAUCCCUGAGAAAUAAAGAAGACUGGACAGUUUAUUUAAAUGUUUUUUUGUUGUAAUAUCCAUUAAAGCCAUAUUCUCUUGCAGUGCCCAUGGUUUGUUUUUAAGUUAAGUGAGGUGUCUUCUGAGUUCCUUGUGCCUGAUCUUACAUUUUUUCAACAUAAUAUUAUGUUGAAUUUCGACCUUGACUGAAUCACCAUAACUAGCAAGCUCUGCCACAUGCGUUUUGUUUUUAUGAAAUCCACUCACAUUAAUCAUUUUAACAUGAAUAACUAUGUCAGAGUGAUGAGCAAUGUAUCUAUAUUUUUUUGUAAAUAUCUGAGAGUAUUUUCAUGUUUGGAUAACAACAACAAAAAUAUCCAGUAUAUGUUUAAUUGGCUUUGGAUGGUAACUAAAAAGCAGCACACACUGUACACAUUGCAUGUGCCAAUGUAUGUCUGUUCUAUUUGAUGUAAAACAAAAAAAAGAUAAAUAAAUUCUGAAAUGACUUUGAUCUUAAGCAUCAUUCUGAAGUUUAUUAAUUUCUUUUAAAGAAAUGACUUGAUUCAUAACAGAAUAUGGCUUUAAUCUGUUAUUAAAAUGGACCCCUCUGCAUCUGUCAGCAUGUUGGUUUUAUAUAGUUUUGUACUUUAUGCUUAAUUAUCAAUGGCGUGGGAAGAAAACCUAUCUGAACAAUCAUGCAAGUAUGUUGUGAUGUUGUCUGUCCAAUUAUCAACAUGUAAUAAAAUCAUUUUGUUAUCUUUUAUACAAUUAAACAAAGCGGAACCUAAUCGUUAUUUAU